UCACCAUCAUCAUCAUGUCGGAUCAGCCCUCGUCUCCUCCAGCCGGACAGAAGCCCUCGCUCCGGGCCCCGGGAUCCUCUCAGAGCCGCUUCCAGGUGGACCCGGUGGACCCGCUGGACCCUGUGGCGGAGGGGUCGGAGUCCAAGGGCCGGUUCCGGGUGGUGAACUUCCUCAGCCCGCCUGACUCCGCUCCUGAAGCCGGUGUGAACGGGGACACGGUGAGGAGCGAGGCUUCCACCGGAGGACUCAGUCAUUUCUCAGACACACACUCCAGCACUUAUUACCUGCGGACCUUCGGACACAACACCAUCGACGCGGUGCCGAACAUCGACUUCUACCGGCAGACCGAAGCUCCUCUCGGGGAGAAACUCCUGCGCCCGUCGCUGUCGGAACUACACGAUGAGCUCGACAAGGAGCCGUUUGAGGAGGGGUUUCCCAGCGGAGAAGAGCUGGCGGCCGCCGAGAUCCUCACGCUCAAAGAAGCGUCCGAUUCCAAGGGAGGAACAGUGAAGUUCGGCUGGAUCAAAGGAGUCCUGAUACGAUGCAUGCUGAACAUCUGGGGAGUGAUGCUGUUCAUCCGGAUGUCGUGGAUCGUGGGUCAGGCUGGCAUCGCUCUGUCCUGUGCCAUCGUCCUCAUGGCCAUCGUGGUGACGACCAUCACCGGCCUGUCGACGUCAGCGAUCGCCACCAACGGCUUCGUGCGCGGAGGCGGGGCGUAUUACCUGAUCUCCAGGAGUCUGGGGCCCGAGUUUGGAGGAUCCAUCGGCCUGAUCUUUGCCUUCGCCAAUGCCGUCGCUGUGGCCAUGUACGUCGUGGGUUUCGCAGAAACUGUCGUGGAACUUCUGGAUAGUAUCGACGCUCUGAUGACCGAUGAGAUCAAUGACAUCAGGAUCGUGGGAACGCUCACUGUUAUUCUACUGCUGGGAAUCUCCAUCGCUGGAAUGGAGUGGGAAGCGAAGGCCCAGAUUGUGUUAUUGGUGAUUCUUGUGGCGGCGAUAUUCAACUACUUCAUCGGAUCCUUCAUCCCGAUGGAGUCAAAGGAGCCCAAAGGCUUCUUCAGUUAUAACGCUGCCAUAAUGAUGGAGAACAUGGGUCCAGACUUCAGGGAUGAAGAAACCUUCUUCUCAGUGUUUGCCAUCUUCUUCCCGGCCGCCACCGGGAUCCUAGCAGGAGCCAACAUAUCCGGAGACCUGGCGGAUCCGCAGUCAGCGAUUCCCAAAGGAACUCUCCUGGCGAUCCUCAUAACCGGAGUGGUUUACAUCGCUGUCGCCUUCUCAAACGGCUCUUGUAUCGUGCGCGACGCCACAGGCGAUGAUAACGACACGAUCGUGGGCUCGCUGGAGAACUGCACCGACGCUUCUUGCUCGCUCGGAUUCGACUUCUCCAUCUGCAGAGAGGGAGGCUGCAAGUACGGGCUUCAGAACGACUUCCAGGUGAUGAGUUUGGUGUCUGGGUUCGGGCCGCUCAUCACCGCUGGGAUCUUCUCCGCUACGCUCUCGUCGGCGCUGGCGUCUCUGGUCAGCGCUCCUAAAGUCUUCCAGGCCUUGUGUAAGGAUAAAAUCUACCCUGGAUUACAUGUGUUCGCCAAAGGAUACGGAAAGAACAAAGAGCCUCUGCGCGCUUACGUCCUCACCUUCGUCAUCGGCCUGGCCUUCAUUCUGAUCGCGGAGUUAAACAUCAUCGCUCCCAUCAUUUCCAACUUCUUCUUGGCCUCGUACGCAUUGAUAAACUUCUCUGUUUUCCACGCGUCGCUGGCGAACUCUCCAGGGUGGCGUCCGAGUUUCAAAUACUAUAACAAGUGGGUGUCGCUGGCCGGAGCCGUGCUGUGUUGCGCCGUGAUGUUCGUGAUCAACUGGUGGGCGGCGCUGGUCACCAACGGCAUCGUUCUGGCGCUCUACAUAUACGUCAGCUAUAAGAAACCAGAUGUGAACUGGGGAUCGUCGACACAAGCGCUGAUGUACAAUAAAGCCCUGACACACUCUCUGCAUCUGACCGGGGUCGAGGAUCACAUCAAGAACUUCCGGCCUCAGUGUCUCAUCAUGUCCGGAUACCCGAACUCUCGGCCGGCGCUGAUGUAUCUCGUACACGCUUUCACCAACAACUCCGGCUUGAUGGUGUGCGGACACGUGCGCACUGGAUACCGGCGGCCGAACUAUAAGGAGAUGAUGAACGAGCAGGUCCGCUACCAGCGCUGGCUCCUGAAGGCCCGAAUCAAAGCUUUCUACACCCCUGUGUUUGCUGAUGAUCUCAGACAAGGAGCCCAGUAUCUCCUACAGACCGCUGGUUUGGGCCGGCUGAAACCAAACACACUAGUAUUCGGCUUUAAGAACAACUGGAGGGACGGCGAGAUGAAGGACGUGGAAACCUACAUCAACACCAUCCAUGAUGCGUUUGACCUGCAGUUCGGGGUGGUUCUCUUGAGACUGAAGGAAGGUCUCGACAUCUCUCACAUUCAAGAUGAGUUUCUGUCCUCGCAGGAGAAGACGCCUGGAAUGAAGGAUCUCCUGGUGUCCAUCAACAUCAAAGACUUCGACAGCGAUUCCUCGAAACCAUCAUCUAUCGCAACCAGCUGUCAAAGCAGCCCGCUCAUCUUCAGAGACCCGAAGAAGCUUCGCCUGCCGCUCAGUUCUGCGGACGAGAAGCUCCUCCACGCCAGCCAGCAGUUCCAGAAGAAGCAGAGCAAGGGGACGAUCGAUGUGUGGUGGCUGUUCGACGACGGAGGCUUGACUCUUCUGAUACCGUAUUUGCUAACCAACAAAAAGAAAUGGCGCGACUGCAAGAUCCGUGUGUUCAUCGGAGGAAAGAUCAACCGGAUCGACCACGACCGCAGAGCAAUGGCGGCGUUGCUCAGUAAGUUCAGGAUUGAUUUCUCUGACAUCACUGUUAUUGGAGACAUCAACAUCAAGCCGAAGAAGCACAAUAAGGAGAUGUUUCAGGAGAUGAUCGAGCCGUACAGACUGAGGGAAGACGACAUGGAGCAAGAAGCGGCGGAGAGACUGAAGACGGAAGAGCCCUGGAGGAUCACAGAUAAUGAGCUGGAGCUCUACAGGGCCAAGUCGAAUCGUCAAAUCCGUCUGAACGAGCUCCUGAAGGAACACUCCAGCACAGCCAACCUCAUCGUCAUAACGAUGCCGCUGGCCAGAAAGGGGACGGUGUCCAGCGCGCUCUACAUGUCCUGGCUGGACACGUUAUCUAAAGACCUGCCGCCGAUCCUCCUCGUUCGAGGAAACCACCAGAGCGUCCUGACCUUCUACUCCUGAACAACGGCUCACUCA